AUGGAGGACCCCGAGUCCGAGGGCGCCGCGGCACCGCCCGGGCUGAGCUCGCUGCUCCCCCCCCGGGAGUUCCUGCGCUCCCGCAAGGGGCAGCUGCUGCUCGCGGAGUCGGUGCUGUCAUUUAUCAUCUUUAUCUGCUAUAUUGCAUCUCUAGCAGCUUCUUUCAUGAUGGCACCACUCCUAGAGUUUCUGCUGGCACUGUUUCUUUUUUUUGCCUACGCCUCCAAGCUUAAUGAGAAGUUUAAAGGAGUCCACUGGCCUUUGGCGGAUUUCUUGCGCUGCGUCACUGCUGCCAUUAUUUACUUUGCCAUUUCAAUUGCUGCUGUCUCAAAAUACAGCGAUGGAGCAUCUAAAGCAGCAGGGGUGUUUGGGUUUGCAGCCACCAUCGUGUUUGCAGUUGAUUUCUACAUAACCUUCAAUGACCUGGUCACUUUCCUCAAGCAAGGCAGCUCGGAUUCCCCCGAGGGGCGCAAGACAGAAGAUGAGGACUCCGACUCUGACUCAGACUGAAGAACCAAACACCAACCAAGCGUGAAGGGAAGAUGAUCAAGCACUUUCCUCUUUGCUGAAUGCACUGCCAAUGGAAAUAUCCCCUCAUUUCAGCCCCUUUCCACUGUUUAUGGAAUCACCAGAGCACAGACAGGGCAGUGAUGUGGAAAAGGAGACUAUUCCCAGUGCCAUUAAACACUCCUUGACUGCUACAGAUCCUACAGUUGAUCUGAACAAACAGCUCCAUUCUCUGCUGCCCCUCGGCACUCAGCACAUGCAUGUCCUGAGUAAAUGGGAACAGCAUUUUUAACAUUUACAGCUUUCAAUGUGCUUUUGUAAUUCCAAACCUUUAACACUUAGAGCUUUUAUACUUCUUGAUGUGCCAAAGAAGAGAGGUUUGGAUGCCUCUGUUUGUAUUUUUCUUGAUUAACUAACAGUAUUUCUUUACCCGAAGUCUGAGUGCACCAAGCACUGAAGGCAUGCAUUAUAGUUAACAUCUUGGUUUCAAUACCUUUCUAUCUGUGACAAGGAAAAGUGACAACUGGAAAUCUGCAGCAAGAGCAAACCUCAAAGUAUCAUGGUGCUGCAGGGCAGCUGGCUCAUCAAACAUUCAGUAGCCCUUGUUUUAAGCUGCUUGGAUGGAGUCACAUCCCCUCUGCUGCAAUUUCACCACAGGAUGGGGUGGAACAGGUGAGGCUGCUCUGCCCAGCCCUGUCCUGUUUUUGUGGAAGCCCCUGUGAGUGUUUGCACAGCCAGGGAAGGCAGGUUUGGCAAAUACCUCCCAGCAGGACCUGCCUGGUGAAACCUGCAGGUGUUUGUGCCCCAGGCACCAGUGCCUGAUGUCCUGCUCUGUGCUGAGGCCACUCGUUCUGUGUGACACCAGCACCGGAUUUGUGCCACUGACCACUGGUGCUGCCACACUGAGGUGCCCAGGCCCCAGGAGGGCAGUGCCUCCUCCCCACUGUGAAAAGGCCAAGAAACCAACCCCAAACUGCAGAAUGUCUGCAAUGAUUUCAUCUCCCCAGCCCCCUUUUUUCAGUGUGGGUUGGUUUUUUGCCCCUGGAAGGAUGUGAUUUAUCUUGCAGUGUUGUAUUCCAGGGGAAAAGCCCUCUGAAUUUACAAGCUGUUUUCACAGGUAGCACAACCUACCUUGGAAUAUUUGUGUCCAUUUAUCAAUACUUGGGAGUGCUUGAAAGAGCAUGGCACACUCCUCACAGAUAGCAUCAGACAGGUCUGUGGCAAAGAAACCUGUAUGGAUUUUUUAAAAAUGAAUACAGUACCAGAACAGGUGUGAUUAAAAUGAGAGCAGAUGGUACUAACAGAGUAAGUGAAAAACAGGGAUAAAACAAUAAAGGCAGAUUUCCUGUGGAAUAAAAUCAGCACCUGGGUUCCAGUUCCCUGUGGCAGCUGCCAGCAGGACAGGGGAGCUGGCAGGGAGCAGGCAGUGCUGGUCAGGCUCAGAGUUGUCCAGCAGGCAGCUCCUACAUCUCCUGCCUCCUGACCACUGACAGACUAAAUGCAAAACAAGUGGUUGCUUCUAAAUGUGACAGAUAAUCUUUGAUUUAUGAGAAAGAUCUCUUUGGACCUUUUCCUGUACAAAAGCCUGUGUUUCUUUUGCUUCUCUUGCCGUAUUUUACUGGCACAAACUGUGAUGUUCAGGGGACCUGGGCUCAUUUUUAUACUUGUUUUGUAUUUCUCUUUUUCCUUUUUUAAAGUAAAAAAUGUACUGCAUGUCACAGCUGGAGACAUGGUUAAUAUUUAGAAACCAUGCUGGAUUAAACCUCUUUUAAUAGAA